GAGAGAGCCGGCGCACAAGUCCGAAUCCUGCGUCGUGGAGUGACGGGUGGGGAGAGCGAACCGGUCCAAGGAGGUGAACGGGUUUGGCCGUGACGUAGCAGACGACGCCGGGCUCCUGCUGUGUGUAUGUAGGGGGGGGAGGACGUUUAAAUGACCGCUAGUGACCUCAAAGCAAAGGCUUUUGUUUUAGCCGCGCUUUGCGUCGCGUUAGAUUUUGUUUUGUUUUUAAAUGUACCCCAAAUAAGGCUCUUUUAGUCCGGAGAGGGAGUGUUCCGUGCGGCUAAUUCGCGGAACAGACGGCUGUCAUUAGCACCAGCUAGGCUAAUUUAGCACCCCUGCUAAGCUAAGCCACAAGCUAGGCUGUUAGCUCCCGCGGCUAAUGGAUAAAGCCAAGUCGAUGGUGGACAAGAAGGGGGCGUCGGGACCCUUCCAAGCCGGCCAGGGGAGCUGCAACGGGCACGUCAACGGCUGCGGCAACCCCGGGCUAGCUUCGGCGGGCGACAGCAGCCACUACCACCACCACCGUCAUCAUCAUGUCCACCACGGCGGGGUCGACGCCGAGUGCAACAGCUCGCCGGCCAAGCGGAGCAGACUCCGGAGGAGGACCGAGUCCAUGAAGCGGCACAGACCCCCGUUCCCCUGGUUCGGGAUGGACAUCGGAGGCACGCUGGUCAAGCUGGUGUAUUUCGAGCCGGUCGAUAUAACAGCAGAAGAAGAGCAGGAGGAAGUGGAGAACCUCAAAUCCAUCCGCCGCUACCUCACCUCAAACGUGGCCUAUGGUAAGACGGGCGUGCGCGACGUCCACCUGGAGCUGAGAAACCUGACAAUGUGCGGCCGCAGGGGAAACCUGCACUUCAUCCGCUUCCCCACGCAGGGCAUGCCCCGCUUUAUCCAGAUGGGCCGCGACAAGAACUUCUCCAGCCUGCACACCACGCUCUGCGCCACUGGUGGCGGCGCAUACAAGUUUGAGAACGACUUCCGCACCAUGGCCGACCUGGAGCUGCUGAAGCUGGAUGAGCUGGACUGCCUGAUCCGGGGCCUGCUGUUUGUCGACCGAGUGGGCUUUAACGGCCACCCGGAGUGCUACUACUUCCAGAACCCCUCGGACACGCAGAGCUGCGUCAAGCAGCCCUGCACGCUGGACAACCCCUUCCCCAUGCUGCUGGUCAACAUCGGCUCUGGGGUGUCCAUCUUGGCCGUGUACUCCGAGGGCAACUACAAGCGAGUGACCGGGACCAGUCUUGGAGGUGGUACAUUCCUUGGCCUCUGCUGCCUGCUGACCGGCUGCGAGACGUUCGAGGAAGCUCUGGAGAUGGCCAGCAAAGGCGACUCCACCAACGUGGACAAGCUGGUGAAGGACAUUUACGGGGGAGACUAUGAGCGCUUCGGCCUGCAGGGUUCUGCCGUGGCAUCCAGUUUUGGUCACAUGAUGAGCAAAGAGAAGCGCGAUACCAUCAGCAAGGAGGACCUGGCCCGAGCCAUGCUGGUCACCAUCACUAACAACAUCGGAUCCAUAGCACGCAUGUGCGCCGUCAACGAGAAAAUCGAACGUGUAGUUUUUGUCGGCAACUUCCUGCGUAUCAACACGGUGUCCACCAAACUGCUGGCCUACGCCAUGGACUUCUGGUCCAAGGGACAACUACGAGCGCUCUUCCUGGAGCACGAGGGUUACUUUGGCGCCGUGGGUGCACUGAUGGAGCUGCUCAAGACGACGGAGGAGCCGUGAGUCACCAGUAUGUCGCCCCCCUCCCUCCCUCCCUCCCUCCCUCAAUGCUGUGAUGUCAUCAACUCUCGCUGCUGCAAACGCCGCCGCCCGGUUGCGAUGGCUGCAAAAGGAACCGCCGAGACUCACACAGGCGUGGAAAGUGGGAAAAGCCAUUAGGUUCUUGUGUAAAUAAGAAGAACUCGUUAGUAGAGGUUUGAAUAUUCUAAUCACUAAUUUAUGCUAAUUAACUCUGUCCUUGCCUGUGAGCCUACCCCCCGGUACAGUGUGUGUUUUUCACAAUGUGCGACGAGCUACUGUAGCAUCACGUCCUCAAGAGGGCGCCACCUGUGUGUAUUUCAUUCACGGUGCAGUUUUUCCACACACCCAGACCAGGAACUCCUAAAGCAGUCCCAAGCUGCCCCCUUCAGGUCCUAAAGGAAACUCCACAUGGCCUUUUUUUGUUGUUGUUUCUCCUUUCACCGGACCGCCUCUGCAGGACCAGCGCUAUUGUCCCUGGCUUCAUUCUCACCUUCUGUGCUUCUUUGCCCGCCCUUGUCGCCCCGUAACCUUCUUGAAUUAAUGGUGCCAUCUCCGGACCAAGACGCCCCCUUCCGUAGUCCUUCUAGAACAGGGGUGUCCAAAGUGCGGCCAGUAGCUAAUCGCAUGCUAAUAUUAGCAUGCUAGUUUUUUUCUGUUCAUUUUGCAGGCAUACACCUCGGCGUCAAAUAUUUUGACGAAUAUUACCUGUUAGUAUAUUAACACUGGUAUACACCUCAUUUUUUGGUCCAUGCAUGCUAACAUUAGCAGGCGGGCAUAUUUGUUAAUUUUGCACAAUGUGCAGGUAUACACCUCAGCGUCUAAUAUUUUCUUACUUGACGAAUGAUACCUGUUACACGCUAACUUUAGUAUGCUAGCUCUUUUUAAACUAAUUUUGUAACUAUACACCUCAGUUAUAUUUUUGGUACUUGAUGCAUGCUGACAUUGGCAGGCUAGCAUUUUAAACGCAUUUUUCAGGUACACACCUUAAAGUAAUAUAUUCUUGUACUUAAUGGAUGUCACCGUUGAUUGAUUGAUUGAAAUUUUUACUUGUAGAUUGCACCGUUCAGUACAUAUUCCAUACAAUUGACCACUAAAUGGUAACACCCGAAUAAGUUUUUCAACUUGUUUAAGAUGGGGUCCACGUUAAUCAAUUCAUGGUAGUUAGCAUCGUAGUAUGCUAACAUUAGCAUGCUAGAUUUUCCAGUAUUUAAGCAGGUAUAUAUUUCACUUAUGUUAAUGGUAAGCAGUACUGUUAGCAUGCUAGCUCGUUUUGCUCAUGUUUUCGUUACAUUGUGCUAUCAGGCUAAAGUGCUAACUGUUAGCAUUUCAGUUCGGCUUUGGCUCUUCAGCAUUCAGACAAACUUAUGUACCAAAAUUGCAUUUUCUCGUUCUUUGAGGUAAAUUCACAUAUUUUACUGGUUUCAAACUACCAAAAUGGCCCCCGUAUCCUUAGAUUUUUGUCAGUCUGCGGGAAAAAAGUAUGGGCACCCCUGUUCUAGAGGCUUUUUUUAAAGGAACACGGACCAAGAUGCAUGUAAACGGAUGAUGACACUGAAACAACCUUCAGCUUGUCCGUUUGAUGCGAAGAAGCCCGCCACUUUAAUAAUCACAGACACAUUUUUACAACCACCGCCUUCUGCUUUGUGCCAUCGCCGCCACACCCUCUUUCUUCACGUAAAUACCUCCGAACAACACACAGAUAUCAGCUAACAUCCAAUUAAAGGUCCCGUAUUAUGCUACCAGUAUUAUAUGUGCCAGUAUAGCGUAGCGGAAGUGUGUUAACCUUUGCUUUUAGUUGGCGCUAAUGUCUGUCGCUGUGAUAAGUUCCCCUUCCAAACGGAUCAUGACCAACAUCUCCCCCUUGUGGUGGAAACUUAUAAAGGCAUAACUUCUUUCUACAUGCUCCGAUCAGGCUGAUUUUUAAUGGUGGGUCGGGGCAUUGGAAAGGACGAGAUUGCAUCCGUCGUACGUUCCUGCCGCAGCUUUUAUUUAUUUUGUAGGAUUUUUUAGGCCAAAUACAGGGUCCGUACUUUAACGAUUUACUCCUCAGGACUUUAACCGAAUGAGCCGCGGUCAAAACGGCAGAUACUAGACAGAUGCCCGAUGAUAGGUUGCAGAGGAUUUUUGCCUAUGCCAUAGGUUGUGGGCGUGGCAUGGCGCCAAACUAUUUUGAUGGCUCACCACAAAAUGUUCAACAAUUAUAACACGGUUCCACAAAUUCAGAUCUUGAUCAUAAUUAGUGAUGAUGACUACACCUUGUAAGUGCUGGAUCUGUAAGUGCCUAUUUAAAAACUGCUCCUUGAAACCAACCAUCAAAAUGUCAUUACUUGACCGUAAAUGAUGAGUUCUCCUUCCAACCUGAUCAUGACCAACAUCGCCCCCACGUGGCGGAAACUUAUAACGGCAUAACUUCUUUCCACAUUCUCCGAUCUUGCUGAAUUUUUGAUGGUGGGUCGGGGCAUUGGAAAGGGCGAAAGUGCAUCCGUCGGACGUUCCCGCCGCAGCUUUAAAGGGGAACAUUAUCACAAUUUCUGAAGGGUUAAAACCAAUAAAAAUCAGUUCCCAGUGGCUUAUUUCAUUUUUCGAAGUUUUUCUCAAAAUUUUACCCAUCACGCAAUAUCCCGAAAAACGGCUUCAAAGUGCCUGAUUUUAAACGUCGUUAUAUCCACCCGUCCAUUAUCCUGUGACGUCACUGCGGGAAGCCACCAGAAACAAACAUGGCGGAUAGCACAGAAAGGUAUAGCAUUGUAGCUCGGAUUCAGACUCGGAUUUCAGCGGCGCAAGCGAUUCAACAGAUUACGCAUGUAUUGAAACGGAUGGUUGGAGUGUGGAGGCAGAUAGCGAAAAUGAAAUUGAAGAAGAAACUGAAGCUUAUGAGCCAUAUCACGACAGACAGACAGCCUUCCCGGUAAGGUUUAUUCAGGUGUACUGGAGAGGAGGCUUCGCCGGAUAGUCGAACCUCGGAUUCAGGAGGAACAGUGUGGUUUUCGUCCUGGUCGUGGAACUGUGGACCAGCUCUAUACUCUCGGCAGGGUUCUUGAGGGUGCAUGGGAGUUUGCCCAACCAGUCUACAUGUGCUUUGUGGACUUGGAGAAGGCAUUCGACCGUGUCCCUCGGGAAGUCCUGUGGGGAGUGCUCAGAGAGUAUGGGGUAUCGGAAUGUCUUAUUGUGGCAGUCCGCUCCCUGUAUGAUCAGUGUCAGAGCUUGGUCCGCAUUGCUGGCAGUAAGUCGGACACGUUUCCAGUGAAGGUUGGACUCCGCCAAGGCUGUCCUUUGUCACCGAUUCUGUUCAUAACUUUUAUGGACAGAAUUUCUAGGCGCAGUCAAGGCGUUGAGGGGCUCCGGUUUGGUGGCCACGGGAUUAGGUCUCUGCUUUUUGCAGAUGAUGUAGUCCUGAUGGCUUCAUCUGGCCGGGAUCUUCAGCUCUCACUGGAUCGGUUCGCAGCCGAGUGUGAAGCGACCGGAAUGAGAAUCAGCACCUCCAAGUCCGAGUCCAUGGUUCUCGCCCGGAAAAGGGUGGAGUGCCAUCUCCGGGUUGGGGAGGAGACCCUGCCCCAAGUGGAGGAGUUCAAGUACCUAGGAGUCUUGUUCACGAGUGGGGGAAGAGUGGAUCGUGAGAUCGACAGGCGGAUCGGUGCGGCGUCUUCAGUAAUGCGGACGUUGUAUCGAUCCGUUGUGGUGAAGAAGGAGCUGAGCCGGAAGGCAAAGCUCUCAAUUUACCGGUCGAUCUACGUUCCCAUCCUC